AUUACUAUAUAGUAGAACCGUUUAACAAAGAACUGGUCUCUCACCCUACCGCCACUUUAACUGUAUAUAAGUGAGCAAAAACCAAUAGUAAAAUCACAUUAACUGAAUUGUUAUUGUACAAUAGUUAUUCCAGUUUCUUCGCGUGCCAUUUUAAUAAUGAGGAGUUUUAUCGUUUUGAGUGCUUUAAUAGCCCUCGCCACAGCCCAACCGGCAGAAAAACAAAAACGUGGACUCCUGGAACUGGAGCACGCGCCCGCCCUCGUCCAUGCCGCCCCAUUAUACGACAAGAGCUACGCCACCCCCAUAAUCCAUGGGGGUCCAGUGGUGACCAAAGUGUUCGAAGCACCCCCUGUGCCCCUGGUGAGGAGUUACGGCGCUCCCAUUAUCACCGGACCGUUAAUAACUAAGGGAAUCGGACCGCAUAUUAUCGGAGCGAAACCGAUCCUGCACGCUCCCAUAAUCAAAGCCGCCGCGCCCAUUUAUGCCGCUCACGCUCCCAUUAUCAGUUAUGCUCCCAAGAUUGCUCCCAUCGCGUUGGGGCAUCAUUUGUGGUAGAGACGGAUCGGCUUGUAAAUAGUCUUUUUUUAGUUAUAAUAAUGUGAUGAUCUUAGGGAAAUAAAUAGGAAAAUGAAGAAA